ACGGAGUUUACAGAGGGGGAAAAAGGUAGCCUAGUGUUGGCCACUCAUUUUGGAAUAGUGGAUUUUCGUCCGUUUGACACCAGUGAUGCCCUUCAAAGAUGACAAAGCACUUGAUGCGAGAAAGAUAAGACAUUUUUUUUAAAGAAGCAACAUUCUGAAGAGACAGUGUAGGGAUGCUUGAGCGUUGUCACAGCGACACAUCUUGCUAGGACAAUGUGCACGCGCCCCGCCGGGAGAGAGGAGGGAGCGUGAGCGAGCGAAAGGGGCAAUCGCACAAGCGCAGCAUAUUUUAAGUCUAUACCAGUCGGAGGAGAAUCACGGAAACCGUGGAACGCUGUUACCCAGCGACGAAGCAGGCAAGCACCACCAAAUCGUCCAAGGUAUUCAAACUGUCGUUGGUGCUGUCCUCUCCACCGGCGAAGGGCAAGCGGGGAUGCAUUUUUUGUAGAAAAUUCACCCGCAUUUAAAAUCACUGUUGACAAUUUAUGUAGAUGAGGAAUUAGUCUAUAUCGUUUCGUUGUCAACAAAGAACGAGAUAUAAAGAUAUGUAGAGUGACGCGUCAGAGAAACUGAUCAAACGAACAAUUCAUGUAGGCUAUUUAUUAUUAUUGCUAUGCGGAGGAGGCGGGGGAGCCAAUUCUUUGUAGUCUACCUUGGUGGAAGAAUCAUUCCAGAACCCGCUUUAAUGCCUUUAUCUAGUGCAUGUGUAAUGCGCCAUACGCAGCAUUAGGCUUUAUUUUUUGGUAGCCUAUUCAUUUCCCUCCGUCAUUGUCUCCCGGUCCCUUAUCAGAAUGUGGUAGUCCGAUCAACCUGCAGGUCGGUCAGAUUGAGCUGGUGUUGUCGGUAAACAGAAACCGGGGAAGGUUUUCAAAGUCUAAGCUUCUCCAACGGACUAUGCUUCAAUAUUUCCCGUUCUAAAGGAAUGGUGUGACAACGGUGUAGAAGUCAAAGACGAGGGCAAAAUCAAAGGAUUCCUUUUGAAAAACCCUUGGAAUCCUGCGAUCCCCUUGGAACACAUAACAGGGUUAGUUUGUGACCGCCACCGUUGACCAGGAACUGUGACCGCAGACAUUGACCGUGAUGAGGACCGUACAGGAGGAUGGAACGUAACAGAGUUCUGACCGUGGAGCCGUUCCCGACCGCGACCGUAGAACACCAACACUAACCACAACCACACCUUCUAAAGACCGCCCGGUCUCCCCUUAACCCUCCACCCCUCCAGCCCCUCUGUCUUACACCGCACCCCCCCUCGCCACUCCACUCCUCCACCUAUCCUCCUGCACUCACUCCCUCGCUCCGGACCCCCUUUUUUUGAGGGUCCACUUUUUCUUUCAUAAACACUCUCAACCACCACUUCUCUCUUUCCAUUGCGAUGUCCUUUCUUUCCAAUCAUCUAUACCUUCAUGAACAUUGAGUCCUCUUUGGGAAACAGACAUACACGGACGAUAAACGUUUAGUUGGAGGCGGAGUCUCUAUAGCUGCCAGUCAUGUAUCUUUUCCCUUUAUCCCUGUGUAAACCAAGUGGGCGGGGUCUCGCCUCUAGUCUCCGCCCCCGCUGCUACAUGGCCGACACCUGUCUAGUCUGGCUCCUGGGCCUGGCUCUCCGCCUCUCCCUGACCUCAUGCCAGAAGAUGAACCCCGCCAACAAGCCCCCCAUGGUGACCACCAACUACGGCAAGUUGCGAGGGCUCAAAAAGGACCUGAACAACGAGAUCCUGGGGCCAGUGGAGCAGUACCUGGGCGUGCCCUAUGCCACAGCGCCCAUUGGAGACCGCCGCUUCCAGCUGCCCGAGGCGCCUGGCUCGUGGCAGGAGAUCCGCAACGCCACAGCGUUCGCCCCGGUGUGCCCGCAGAACGUGCACGGCGUGCUGCCGGAGAUCAUGUUGCCGGUGUGGUUCACAGACAACCUGGAUGUGGCAGCCGGCUACAUCCAAAACCAGAGCGAGGACUGCCUCUACCUCAACAUCUACGUGCCCACCGAGGACGGUCCGCUCACAAAAAAACACGAUGAGUCUACAAUGAACAGACCGAGAGAUGAAGACAUCCGUGACCGUAGGAAGAAGCCAGUGAUGCUGUUUAUCCACGGAGGCUCCUACAUGGAAGGAACCGGAAACAUGUUUGACGCCAGUGUCCUCGCCGCCUACGGCAACGUUAUCGUGGUCACUAUGAACUACCGUCUGGGCGUCCUCGGCUUCCUGAGUACAGGCGACCAGUCAGCCAAGGGGAACUACGGUCUGUUGGACCAGAUCCAGGCCCUGCGUUGGCUCAAUGAGAACAUCGGCCAUUUUGGGGGCGACCCCGAGCGCAUCACCAUCUUCGGCUCCGGGGCGGGGGCGUCCUGCGUCAACCUGCUCAUCCUCUCGCACCACUCCGAGGGUAAGGGGCACACUGGGUUGUUCCAGAGGGCCAUAGCCCAGAGUGGCUCAGCCAUCUCCAGCUGGUCGGUCAACUACCAGCCCCUCAAGUACACUAAGAUCCUGGCCCGGAAAGUGGGCUGCAGCCACUCAGAGACAGCAGAAUUAGUGGACUGCCUGAGGAAGAAGAACUUCAGGGAGCUGGUGGAUCAGGACAUUCAGCCGGCCCGCUACCACAUCGCCUUCGGACCCGUAGUGGACGGAGACGUGGUGCCGGACGACCCUGAGAUACUCAUGCAGCAGGGGGAGUUCCUGAACUAUGACAUCCUGAUAGGAGUGAACCAGGGAGAGGGGCUCAAGUUUGUAGAUGACAGUGAAGACAACGAUGGGAUCUCAGCUGCAGCGUUCGACUACACUAUAUCUAACUUUGUGGACAAUCUCUACGGCUAUCCUGAGGGUAAGGACAUCCUAAGGGAGACCAUUAAGUUCAUGUACACCGACUGGGCCGACCGUGACAACGGAGACAUGAGGAGAAAAACCCUCCUUGCCUUAUUCACGGACCACCAGUGGGUGGCGCCGGCGGUGGCCACGGCCAAACUGCACGCCGAGUUCCAGUCUCCCGUUUACUUCUACACCUUCUACCACCACUGUCAGACGGAGACGCGGCCGGAGUGGGCGGACGCAGCCCACGGGGAUGAGAUCCCCUACGUGUUCGGGGUGCCCAUGAUCGGAGCCACCGACCUCUUCCCCUGCAACUUCUCUAAGAAUGAUGUCAUGCUCAGUGCUGUAGUCAUGACAUAUUGGACUAACUUCGCUAAGACGGGGGACCCCAAUCUGCCAGUGCCUCAGGACACCAAGUUCAUCCACACCAAGCCCAACCGCUUCGAGGAGGUCAUCUGGACCAAGUUCAACUCCAAGGACAAGCAGUACCUCCACAUCGGCCUGAAGCCCCGCGUCAGGGACAACUACCGAGCCAACAAGGUGGCCUUCUGGCUGGAGCUGGUCCCUCAUUUACACUCCCUCCAUGAAGUCCUGAACCCCACCACCACCAGGCUACCUCCAGGCAGCACUCGCCCCCCCGGGGGCCCCUGGAAGCCCAAACCCCGCACCACGGGCCACCCCUACCCCACCUUCCCCGACCCUGUGGAGCCCUACGGAUCAGAGCGGCCCAGACUGGACCUCUUCCCCGGUGACACGCGGGAUUAUUCCACAGAGCUGUCGGUGACCGUGGCAGUGGGGGCGUCGCUGCUCUUCCUCAACAUCCUGGCGUUUGCUGCGCUCUACUACAAGCGGGACAAGCGUCAGGAGAUGCGGCGCCACCGGCUGUCUCCGCAGCGCCACGGCGGUCCUGCCAACGACCUGGCACACAGCCAGGAGGAAGAGAUCAUGUCCCUGCAGAUGAAGCACUCGGAGCACGACUCGCACCACGACAUGGAGCCCCUCCGGCCCCACGACAUCCUGCGGCCCUCCUGUCCGCCCGACUACACCCUGGCCCUGCGGAGGGCCCCGGACGACGUGCCCCUCAUGACCCCCAACACCAUCACCAUGAUCCCCAGCACCAUCACCGGCAUGCAGCCCCUCCACCCCUUCAACACCUACCCCAGCACCGGCCACAACAACACCCUGCCCCACCCCCACUCCACCACACGUGUAUAGUAGAGCUACAGCUCCCCCUGGGGGACCAGAGGACCAACUACACACUCUGGUUUAUCACUAUUGGAUCGCUAUGGAUAUCUCUCUCUCUCUCUCUUACUCUCUGUUUUUCCAACCAUCAGCCUGCUGCCCUGAUGCUGUGUCUUUCCUACAGCACAACCUUGCUGGGGUUAAGUGGAAGUGCAGCUGAACUGCAGGGGAAGCAGGUGUUAUUGAGGGUGUUGAGAUAUAUUGAGAGGGUCUCGUAUUCUCGGAUCCUGACAGCCCCCAAACCUGCCCACAGGAUGAUCCUCUGCCUCUUACUGUGCAUUUCAUUUAGUUGUUUUUUUCAUCCAAUGUUUUCUCGGUUUCUGUGCUGUAAUAGGGUUGGGGACAGAGGAGGCUGGUGGGGUUGAGCUAUAGGAGGACAGGGUCAUUGUAAUGGCUGGAAUGGAAUGAAUGGAACAGAGUCAAAGAUGUGGUUUCCAUAUGCUUGAUGUGUUUGACACCGUUACAUUUAUUCCACUCCAGACUUUACAAUGAGCCCGUCCUAUAGCUCCUCCCACCAGCCUCCACUGGUUGGGGAUCGUUUUUUGGAUUGUGAGGUAAAGCGUUUGGUUCCUUUUCCUUCUGUUAUAUUGGAAAGCCUCUAUCUCUCUACUCAUCUCAUCUGCUUACUUGAUUCUCUUCUCUUUUCCACAUCCCUCUCUUUCCCUCCUCUGUAGUUCUAAAACAACCUUUUUUAUACAAGGCGUACAGUACAUACAGUAAGUAUAUAUCAUGAAAAUAUUGGUAUUCUGAUAUCGUCUUUCUACCAGCAUUCUUGGUGCCAAGUACUGUGUUGUUUUCCCAUAGGAGGGGAACUGAGAGAGAAUCAAGAGUGUUGAGCUGUGUCAAGAUAGCCUACUUACUGUGUGUUCAUGAAAAGUGCCAAACUGGCCUAUCUUGUGCUUUUUUCGUUAUCUUUUUUCAGCAUUUGUUUGUUUGAUUGAUUGAUUGUUGCUUUCGGUUCUUAUUUUUUGUGGAAAGAUUUUUAAAUAUAUAGAUAUAUAGACAUAUAUAUAUAUAUAUAUAUAUAGUUAUAUAUAAAUGUGUACAAAGAAGAAAAUAUCGAAAUGGUUUUCUCAGUGGGGAUCUAUGCAUGAAUUAUUUUUAAAAACAAUGAUGGGGAAAGGACACUGGAUAGUCAAUAUUCACACACACACAUCUCCUGUUUUAAACUAUUUCUAUCUCAAUUCCAUAUGCUUUUUCUUCAUAUUUUCUUUUCUGCAAGAAAAAAAACCUGGUGGCACGUCAUAAAACCCCUGCAGUGGUGCUUCUUUCAUUCAUGAACAUUAUCCUUUACAACAACGAAAAACCUGGUGGCACGUCAUAAAACCCCUGCAGUGGUGCUUCUUUCAUUCAUGAACAUUAUCCUUUACAACAACGAAAAACCUGGUGGCACGUCAUAAAACCCCUGCAGUGGUGCUUCUUUCAUUCAUGAACAUUAUCCUUUACAACAACGAAAAACCUGGUGGCACGUCAUAAAACCCCUGCAGUGGUGCUUCUUUCAUUCAUGAACAUUAUCCUUUACAACAACGAAAAACCUGGUGGCACGCCAUAAAACCCCUGCAGUGGUGCUUCUUUCAUUCAUGAACAUUAUCCUUUACAACAACGAAAAACCUGGUGGCACGUCAUAAAACCCCUGCAGUGGUGCUUCUUUCAUUCAUGAACAUUAUCCUUUACAACAACGAAAAACCUGGUGGCACGUCAUAAAACCCCUGCAGUGGUGCUUCUUUCAUUCAUGAACAUUAUCCUUUACAACAACGAAAAACCUGACUGGACCAAUCAUGGAUAAAAACCAUUCUUAUACACAUUGAUUAUACAACACAUUGCUUAUGUUGAUCACCUCCCGCCCGUAUUGCUUACUGUCUACUAUUGCACAACAGACUGCAUGCUACCCCAAACAAAUCAACUACCCUAGUAAAUCAAUUCAACCUUUAUUUACACAACACAUUUCAUAAAAGUGUGUGCAAUCCAAUACAUUAAGAACACUUAAACAGAAAAAAAAACAAGACUACAUUUCGAUCACAUAAAGACCCCUUUCUCUGUCUCGCAUCCUCCUCCUGCUCUGCUAUCAUCCAGCCAGGGCCCCUGAGGGCCCCUCUUACGUAAUGUGAGUUAUUGGUGCCACUGCAGCAGCUCUGUAUUUUUCUCGGAAUAACCAGGCCAUCCACUGAGCCUUGGGCCCCUGUCUCUCCGUGACUCAUUAUGGCAGGCGUAGAAGCCAUAGACUGCCACUGAAAUGGCAUCCAGUUCCCUGUGUAGUGCACUACUGUGGGCCAGUCAGGCCAAAAGUAGUGCACUAUGUAGGGAAUAGGAUGCCAUUUUGGACACAAACCUAGAGGUAUUGGUGUCCAUUAUGCUCUGGGCAAAAAGGGAAUAGGGUGUAGGGAAUAGGGUGCCCUAGCGGUAUUGAGGCUGCAGGUAGACCUAUCGUUUAUCAAGGUGAACCUGCCAGGGUUCUCAGAGGUCCUGGGUGGGAAGGUACAUACGGCCAAGUCUCGGGUCCUCGUAUAACGUCACUUUUUCCUAAUGAUGUUACAACGAAGGAGAGAAAAGGGACAGUCCCUCCAUCUCCCUCUUUCUUUUACACACUCUCCCCUUCUCUCCGCCCUUCUCCGCCUUCGAUUUCUGGCCCGUACAAAUGCUGUUUGAUGAACGCCUGUGUGCGCGCGCGAGUACAUGUCAGCUCAGCUUCCCAGGGCCAGGGGUAACUAGAGGGCAGAGAGAAUGAUGGAGGAAGAUGGAAUGUGUGCGAGGAAAGAGACAGGCAGGCAUCUCGUAUCAGAGGCGCCUCCCCGUGGUGCGAGACCCCCGUAACAACUGCUUACACACACACACUCCUCCAUUCUUCCUCUCACUCUACUUUCCCCGUCCCUUUCUCAUUUCCUCCACCAGUAAACACCCGUCUGAUUCAGGACUGCUCCACAUGCAAUUUCAACUAACUCUCGCCGGCGUUUCAACUCGUAACUUCACUGUGUGCCGUCAUUGAACCCUGCAUCUCCUGACCCUUCCCCCCUGACACAUGUCCCUGCUGACUCUGUUGCUCUCACGUCCCCUUUGCUCCACUGCUGUACAUUGAACUCUAAGCACACGGAGGAAAGACUGGUGGUCUAUCAGACAGGCCAGGGUCUGGGAUAACAGAGCUGGGAAGAGGACUGGGAGUAAGAGGUCCUUAGACUAAGGGACAACAAAGUGAUCAGCUGUUUUUACUCUUUCCUUUUUUUUGAACAGGGAGGUGCACGUAAAAGUCAAGGGAAAGCCUGUUGACAACACCUCCGUCCGUAAUGCUAUGACAUGGCCAGCAGAGGGGGCUGAUGGGUGAAUAGGAUUAAUCCAACUGAACUGAACUGUGGCGCUGUGUGUGAACCCACAGUGCGCUGUAGUAUCCUCGGUUAGAAACCGCUAGCGACAGUGUUGUCUCUGCUUGUGUUUAGCUUUAGACGUUUCUUUGGUACCUAUUUCAUUACUGCUUGGGGGGGGAUGUGUGAGAGAACACAGGUUGGUGUUGUCAGAUACUCUGUGUUGGCCAACUGAGAGAGACAGUGUGUGGUGGGGAAACACGAGAGAUGAUCCGCUGUACAAUAUACUGUAACAAAGACCAGACUGGGGUUGUGUAUGUGGAAUCAGAGGGAGUCAGUGGACUUAUAUGCUGGAACUUUUCUCUCCGCUACAGAGAUGGACUUACUAUAAAAUGUGCUAUUGGACUAGAAUAUGAAACCUGGGAGAGAGCCCCAAAGCCUCCAAGUCAUCAUCACAGUCUUAAACAAAGGGGAAAGGAUGUGAGAUGUGACCGGGACAGUGGACAGACUAGGGCACCCGACAUCUUAUUUCAGGUGUGGGAAUGAUCAGAUACAUCUGUCCUAUCAAGUCUUUGUGCCAUUAGAUCCUGAACUUUUUUUAUCCUGUGAAUAAGAGGGCAACGGGAGGGUCGCAGAGGAAACUAGUACUACUACAAAUACAACACAACAAAACUUCAACCAAUCGAAGAGUGACAGACGCUAUUUCCUUUUUUUCCCUGUUCUUUUCCUUGUCUAUUUUAUACGCUUACACACUAGAGGGCGCCAUGGUGACACAAUCGCCAUAACAACCUACCGUUCCUCUGAACAUUCUGAAUGUGGACGAAUUCAGCGUUUUGCGACAGAGAGAGACGUCAAAAAAAUGAGGAGCAAAACUGUACAUUUUUAAGUGUAAGAACAAACAGUCAAAAAUCUUUGUAAAUAUUACGUUUCUUGUUUUUGUUUUUUCGAGUGAAUGAAUGAAAUGACUUUGUGACGACAACAGAGACAACAGGUGCAAGUUGAAAAGGGGUCUCCAGCUAGUAUUGUAUGUUAACCGUACGCCAUUUAAAUGUAUUCGCCACUGAACUUUUCCGAGAGAUUCAGGAAAGUGGGAUUCUCGUUCUGUUAGCUCUUUCCGUGCAUGUAACUAACAAAGUUGUUCCGAAGUGGCUAGACAAUGGACAUUCAGAACAAAGUCAUCAAGUGUUGUCUACGUAGCAUCUUGACUCCUCAACCUGUGUAAGCACUAAGCGAACACCGUAGCAGGGAUACUGACCCAUUCUCAUUCUCUGCUGUUGGUUAUAGGGUCUCUCCCACGUUGAAAUGGGCCCUGCAUAACUGCAGGCCUGUAUUAGCGGUGUACCACACCAGCCAUACUGGAUGAUGAUACAGCUCACCUUAAAGGUGGAAUCGGUAACUUACACCACCCAUGUGGCAACGACAAAACAUGGCCAAGAAGCAAAAAAUAAAAUGAAUUCACCUCUAAAAACAUCCUUGUGGCUUUUGGAAUGUGUAUAUUCCCAACCCUGUUGACUCUCCUACCGUUGUGUAGCCCCGGAACCACAGGGAGACCGAGAAACGAUGGCUUUUUGUAACCUAAGUUGCCUCUGAUCUAGCCUAUUCCCAGAUCGGUUUGUGCCGUCUUGCCAACUCCUAUGGUCAUUGUCGCGACUAGGAGUUGACAAGACGGCACAAACAGAUCUGGGACCAGGCUAUGUCUUAGCCUUAUCGGGAAUCACGUACUGCGGGUGGGACACAUGGCCCCCUGAAUACACUGUGUUACGUACAAUAUGUGUCCUGUCCAUGUAGGUUGUGCUAUCUGUAUACAGUGACCUCAUCAUAAGCUAUCGGUACCGCUAAGCUUGCCUUCCAAGUGGAAAGGUGAGGUGGGAAUUGAGUUGCUUAGUGGGCAGAUGGUUGAACUGCAUGACAAGGCAUGUACAUAGGUAUAGACCAGGAAGUGUGAGUGUGUACAUGUGAGAGUAUGUGUUAGGAUAGCUCAUUUGGUGUGUAAGCAUAGGUGUGUACUCCAUUUUGUUGUAGCAUUAGUUAGGACUAAUGCAAAGGGAGUUGAUAUCUAUAGUGUUAGUUUAGUAGGACUUUAAAACGAUUGACACAACCCCCAAAAAAAUCCAUAUUGGAUUUGAAUACUUUUUGGUGCAAAACCAAUUUUGUUAAGUGUUCAAUGAUUAACACCAUCUGUUGUUAUAAAGCAGCUAACACUGUUUUAUAGAUUUGCCAGAGUGAUGCUUUGUUAAACACCUGUUCUGAACUAAAGAGGUAGACCGUAACAAUGUUUCAUGUAGGUGAAUUUCCUGCCUUGCUCGUGACUACAUGUCAUGGUUGACCUUCAAAACCGAGACAGGUUCGUCUAUGUUAUGGUCUAGGCACCUGAGAGUCCAGUUGUACUGAAGGACAUGACAAAUAACCCUGGGAAACAUUCUGUGCUGGGUGUCAGUUCGGGCCUCUGCAUAGUCAAAUUUGCACCUGUUGUCUUGUUUUUAUUUUUAUUUGUUGAAUUCCGAAACCCAAGACUUGAGAUGAAGAAAACAUGUUAAUAAUGGAUUUUAAAAAACAUAUUAUAAUUAAAAAAUGAAAGUAAAACUAUAUAAAUAAGGUGAUGAUAUUUGUUUACUUUAGAAAUUAUGAUACACUGUAUGCUGGGAUUCUGAUGUGGGGAACAUUAAAGACAUUCAUAGCCAGA